GCUCAUUGGACAGUCACCCGGAAGUUAUCAGAGGGAUUUUUGGGGGGCGGCAAAUCUGAGAAGGAAAAGUUGUUGUUUGUUUAUUUUUAGGGCUGUUAGACUACAUAUCCGCGUUAGGGAACUAUUCGUCGCGGUCCUCGUCAUCUUAUUCAUUCACAAUGUGCGAGAAGAUCCAGAAGGUGAACAGCUGGCUCGGCGCGGUGUUCGGGGAUCAGCCGGUGCCACACUUUGAAGUCAACACCAGGACGGUGGACGUCCUGUACCAGCUGGCCCGGUCCAGUGAAGCCCGCUGCGGGGAGGCGGCUCUUCUCACAGAAGACCUCAAACAGAAAGCGUCCGAGUAUCAGUCCGAGGGUGCUCAUUACCGUGAUGUCCUCCUACAAGGCUUGGGUUUGUCCUGCGCAAGCCUGUCCAAACCCGCCGAUGACUAUUUGUCUGCCUUAGUGGACACGGCCAUGGUACUCGGGGUCAGAGACACGUCGCUGGGCAGCUUCAUGCCAGCAAUGAACCACCUCACCAACUCCCUGCUGGAGGAAGAGAAGUCCAACCGGAGACUGGAGAGGGAACUCGUGGCUUUGAGGAACAGACUCGGUGCCACUAUGGUGCUGCGGAGCAGCUUGCAAGAGGACAUCAACAAGACUGUCACGUCUCAGUCAGUGGAGAGCGCCAAGGCGGAGGAGAGGAUGCUCAACAUGGAUUUUGUUACGGCGAAGGCCAAGGAGCUCAGCAGCCGGCGGGAGCGGGCAGAGGCUCAACUCGUCUCCAGGAACAUGGACAAAUCCCUCACCCACCAGGCUAUUGUGCAGCUCUCUGAGGAAGUCGCCGUGCUGAAACAAGAAAUAAUCCCCUUGAAAAAGAAACUGGAGCCUUACAUGGACUUGAGCCCAAGCCCAUCUCUUGCUAAAGUGAAAAUAGAAGAAGCAAAAAGAGAAUUGGCUGUAAUUAGUUCCCAACUUGAGACGAAUAUGGAUUUCAAGUGAAGAUGUUCAAAAUGUACAUUUUGAGCUGUAAAUAUCUAUUUCCAAAAAAAACAAUAAAGUAAUUGUUUCCAUA